CCCCAGCUGUGUGGCCCUCAUUUUAGAGAAACAGCACCCUCCCCUCUUGCCCUCUGGUCUCACAUCACAGAGGGGCCUGGGGAGCUGUCACCUGCCAGUUGGGGACAGUGAAUGUGGCACUGCCUGUAUAGAGCUCACGGUUGACUGCUCGGCCAUCCUCCCAGACCCUUGGGGUGGGGCAGGCAAUGCUGGCAUUUUCCUGGAGGAUCCUGCGAGGUCGUGGGGGGCAGGGGUGGGGACAGGGGCCGAGGGGUGGGACUUUCUGGCCAUUGUAUAAGUCAGCCCCUCCUCACAGUGCUGUGAGAACAAGGCCCCAAACAAGGGCCAGCAGCGGCCCCUCCCACCCGUGCCUUCCUCACCUCCUGGGGAACAUGGUGCCCACAACAUUCCAGAGCCAGUGUGCCUCGUGGGAGGGCCUGCCUGCACAGUGGGCUCCUGCCUGGGCUCUGGGGGCCAGUGCUGGGCUCCCCGGCUGGAGCGGGGCUGGGGGAAGGGGCUGGGAGCCAUGCUCACACUGUCGUACCUGAUCACCCGCUGUGCCGGCAGAAUCCAGCGGGCCUCCAGGUGGCACCGUCAGGAGUUUGAGAAUGCCGAGGGGGAAGAGUACGCGGCCAACUUCUCGGUGCAGGGCUCCCCGGCGGUGGUGGCUCCGAACGGGCCCGACGUGUACGUCCUGCCGCUCACUGAGGUCUCCCUCCCCAUGGCUAAGCAGCCGGGGCGCUCAGUGCAGCUGCUCAAGUCCACAGACCUGGGCCGGCACAGCCUCCUGUACCUGGAGGAGAUUGGCCACGGCUGGUUCGGGAAGGUGUUCCUGGGGGAGGUGAACUCGGGCAUCAGCAGCUCCCAGGUGGUGGUGAAGGAGCUGAAGGCCAGCGCCAGUGUGCAGGAGCAGAUGCAGUUCCUGGAGGAGGCACAGCCCUACAGGGCCCUGCAGCACAGCAACCUGCUCCAGUGCCUGGCCCAGUGCGCCGAGGUGACGCCCUACCUGCUGGUGAUGGAGUUCUGCCCAAUGGGGGACCUCAAGGGCUACCUGCGGAGCUUCCGGGUGGCAGAGUCCAUGCCACCUGACCCCCUGACCCUGCAGCGCAUGGCCUGUGAGGUGGCCUGCGGCGUCCUGCACUUGCAUCGCAACAACUAUGUGCACAGUGACCUGGCCCUGAGGAACUGCCUCCUCACGGCUGACCUGACGGUGAAGAUUGGUGACUACGGCCUGUCUCACGGCAAAUACAGAGAGGACUACUUCGUGACUGCUGACCAGCUGUGGGUGCCGCUGCGCUGGAUCGCGCCCGAGCUGGUGGACGAGGUGCACUGCAACCUGCUGGUGGUGGACCAGACCAAGGCCAGCAACGUGUGGUCCCUCGGCGUGACCAUCUGGGAACUCUUUGAGCUGGGCACACAGCCCUACCCCCACCACUCCGACCGGCAGGUACUGGCCUAUGCUGUGCGGGAGCAGCAGCUCAAGCUGCCCAAGCCCCAGCUGCCACUGACGCUGUCGGACCGCUGGUACGAGGUAAUGCAGUUCUGCUGGCUGCAGCCAGAGCAGCGGCCCACGGCGGAGGAGGUGCACCUGCUGCUGUCCUAUCUGUGCGCCAAGGGCGCCACCGAGGCGGAGGAGGAGUUCGAGCGGCGCUGGCGCUCGCUGCGGCCGGGCGGGGGCGGCGCGGGCCCCGGGCCGGGGGCUGCGGGCCUGGCACUGGGGGGCGCUGGCGAACUCGCGGCCGCCUCCUCCUUCCCGCUGCUGGAGCAGUUCGCCGGCGACGGCUUCCACGCGGACGGCGACGACGUGCUGACGGUGACAGAGACGAGCCGCGGCCUCAACUUUGAGUACAAGUGGGAGGCGGGCCGCGGCGCGGAGGCCUUCCCACUGCCCGGAGGCGCGCCAAGCCCUGGGCGCGCCGCGCGCCUGCAGGAGCUCUGCGCCCCCGACGGCGCGCCCCCGGGCGUGGUGCCCGUGCUCAGCGCGCACAGCCCCUCGGUGGGCAGCGAAUACUUCAUCCGCCUGGAGGAGCCUACGCCCGCCGCCGGCCACGAUCUCGACUGCGCCGGCUGCGCCCUCAGCCCCCGCGGCACGGCCCCGCACCCUGACCCCGGUGACCACGACUCCGACUCCGACGGCAGCACAGCCACCUCGCUGGCCAUGGAGCCGCUGUUGGGCCACGCGCCGCCCGCCGACGGCCCCUGGGGCCACUGCGACUACUACUCAUGCAGGAGUGGCGCCCGGGACCCGCCCUGCUCCUCGCGCUCGCCCUCCCCCUCCUCCAGGGCCCUCAUGCUGGCGGAGCCUGGGGCGGAGGACACCGACUGGGGCGCAACCGCCUUCUGCCCGCCUUUCUUUGAGGACCCGCUGGGCACGUCCCCUUCGGGGAGCUCCGGGGCCCGGCUUUCCCCGGGUGCGGAGGAGCUGGGGGAGGCAGAGGCCCGAAAGGCCGCCCAGCACAGACACUGGAGUUCCAAUGUAUCGGCCAACAACAACAGCAGCAGCCGAGCAGCCGAGUCCUGGGACCCCGGCUAUGCGAGCAGCUACUCGGACUGCUGCCCUGGCAUGAAGCAGACCCUACAGGCUGUCCCUGAGCUGGUCCAUCCCCUGGCCCCAGAGGACCCCAGAGAGCCUCUCCUUGGGCCAAAGGGGGCCUCCUCUGGCCAGGAGCCGGGCUGUUGCCUUGGCCUCCCCGAUCUGUGUCCUGCUGAAGGCCUGGCAUCUGCCACCUGCCUGGUCACAACCCCCUGGACAGAGGCAGCUGUAAGCGGGGGUGACAGCCCCCAGGCAGAGCCCAGACUUGCAGAGGAGGCUGAGGGCUCUGCUGGACUCCAACUGCCCCUUCCCUCCAUCCCAUCCCCAUCCCAAGAGGGAGCCCUGCUUCCUGCUGAGGAGGCCAGUGCCCCCGCCGCCCUGCCUGCCUCCCCGACACCCGCCGGCAGUCAGUUGACUGCCACGGAGCCAGCCAAGACCCUGGACAGCAGCAGCAGCUCUUUGGAGCUGGAGGCACCAGGCAGUGAGGAUGAGGACACGACCGAGGCCACGUCUGGCAUCUUCACUGACUUGUCCAGCGAUGGCCCGCAGGCUGAGAAGCCAGAAGUGACACCGGCCUUCCGCUCCCUGCAGAAGCAGGUGGGGACCCCUGAUUCCCUGGACUCGCUGGACAUCCCGUCCUCAGCCAGUGAUGGCGGCUGUGAGGUCUUCAGCCCGUCGGCUGUUGGCACCCCUGGUGGGCAGCCCCGAGCCCUAGACAGUGGCUAUGACACAGAAAACUACGAGUCUCCCGAGUUUGUGCUCAAGGAGGCACAUGAGCUGUGCGAGCCUGAGGCCUUCGGGGAGCUGGCCUCAGAAGGUGAGAGCCCCGGGCCUGAGACUCGGCUCUCCACCUCCCUUGGCGGCCUCAGUGAGAAGAACCCCUACCGCGACUCGGCCUACUUCUCUGACCUGGAUCCUGAGCCUGAGCCCUCCUUGGGCCCCGAGGAGAAGCCAGGAGGUGUUCAGGCCCCGGGGCCAGAGCUGGACCUGGAGAGCCCGCAUAGCCCUGGGUUGCAGCCUGCACAGCCCUUCCUUGAGCCUGGGGUGUCCACAGAGGCACAGGGCGCUGGCCCCAGGGAAGUGCCGCCACUGCCGCUGUCUGAGGACUCUUUCCCAGAGCCAAGCGCCUGCCCCACGGGCCCCAGGCAGGAGACUCCCUGGGCCCUAGGCCCAGCCCAGGUGCCACCGGAGCCCAGCUCCGGGCGUUCCAAGAUUUUCUUGCUGACCCCGGUUCCACUGAGCUCAGAAGGCCACCGCGCUGAGCUCCAGGAGGCCCCGGGACUGCUGUCGGGCCUGGCCCUGAAGGAACGGACAGGGGGGCCGAGCGCCCCCAGAGCCCCACUCUGCCUGGCCGUGCCGGGACUCCCCACAGCCCCAGAGGGCCGGUCGGAGGAGGAAGAGGACGACAGCGACGACAGCGACGAGUCGGACGAGGAGCUCCGCUGCUACAGCAUCCAGGAGCCGAGCGAGGAGAGCGAGGAGGAGGUGCCGCCCGUGCCCGUGGUGGUGGCCGAGAGCCAGAGCGCGCGCAACCUGCGCAGCCUGCUCAAGAUGCCCAGCCUGCUGUCCGAGGCCUUCUGCGAGGACCUGGAGCGCAAGAAGAAAGCCGUAUCCUUCUUCGACGACGUCACUGUCUACCUCUUCGACCAGGAAAGCCCCACCCGGGAGCUCGGGGAGCCCUUCCCUGGAAGCAAGGAGUCGCCCCCCGCGUUUCUAGCGGGCAGCCUCAGCUCCCCCAGCGCCCCAGGCCGGCGGCGACGAGCGGACCGCUCCCCCGACGGCUCCGCGGCGGAAGCUGGCGCAGCGUUCGAAUGGGACGACGGCUUCCCGCUGGCGCCGGCUCCGGAGCCCGCCGCGCCCGCCCCCGCAGCGCCCCGCAAACCGGCCGCGUCCGGCCCCUUCUCGCGCUUCACCGUGUCGCCCGCGCCCGCAUCCCGCUUCUCCAUCACGCAAGUUUCCGACUCGGACGCCGGUUCCGUGGGAGGCCCUGCAGCAGGUGCUGGGGGCAGCUGCAAAGAGGCCUGAGGCCCAGGCAGCUCCCGCUUGGAGGCCAGUGUCGCCAGACCCCCUGAUGGUCCUGCUCCAGGAAGCAGCGAGGAUGGUGAUGGAGAGAGAGUGGGGACCGCAGCCCUGUCGGCGGUCGGCAGCAGCUUCCGGUGCCUCAGUGCCCCACGCAGCGCCCCGGAGCAGGGCAGGAUAAGAGGCCCCGCUCCAGCCAGGACAGUGGAGCCACGGUGCACGCCAGCCCAUGCUGCCCCGGGGGCAGGAUGUGUCCUGGACACUCGGGUUUGCUGCUACCCCUAGGGAUGCCCUACCGCCCGGGACCCGGGCGCUACUCCCCUUGCAGCUGCCCCUCCACCCUGGACGCUGCAGUUGGACUGGUUGGCCUCUGAGGCCAGGGGACCUGCUCUUGGCUGGGGGGCCUUGCACACCCUGCCACCUGGCUCCUGCAUGCGCUGCAGGAUGCUGUGUCCCACCCCACGCAAGAGCAGGCACAAGCCCGCUGGGACGGCCUCUCCCCGCCCCCUUCAUCCCUUCUGCCUGGUUCUGCGUUUGCUCAGUAAUAGAUGAGGACUCUGGGCUCGUGUGCCCCCCCUCCGCCACCCUUACCUCAGAGUCUGUGGCUGUAUUUCCCCUUCACUGACUCGGCUAACCCCGUGAGCGCUCCCUCCCCAAGGGUCUGGGCUGGCUCAUGCACCUGGGUCCCGCUGCUGGAGCCCAGGCAGGUGGGCCAAGCUGGGCAGCCCUGCCGCGGUGGCCCCGUUCUAGAGGUGCCCAUGGCUGGCUGGUGCAGGCAGCUCCCCUCUUCAGGGCACUGCCCAGCCUGGCCCAGCUGCCAAAGGACAGUGGGGGCUGUACCCCCCGGUCACUGUCCGGGGCUCCUGCCGGCAGGGAUGGGGAAGGCUGGAGCUGGGAGGGUGGUGGGGGCGGGGCAGCACAGGGACUAUUUUUGUAACCGAGAAUGGAAAUGGGCUGAUCUUAAGUUAUUGUUGCCAAAGAGAUGUAAAGUUUGUUGUUGCUUUGGGGGUGUGGGUGGGGGACUCAUUUGGGGUUUGUGGUUUUUGUUUUUUAUUAGUUUUAUUAGUUUGAGGCUUAGGAUGCUGGUGCAAUGAUUUUCCUGUUCCUUCUUUCUUUGUUUUUUAAAUCAAGCUAAGGAAAAAAAAGCCUUCGUGCUGCGUAUGUUUCCUUUGGGGUCUGCAGAUAAAACUCUGGGCAGGAGCAGGCAUGGCCAUGCUGGGUGGGGACCCAGCUGCCAGCUCUGCCUGGGGGGGGCACAGUAGUCCCUCCUGACCACAGGGAGUGGGGUGCAGGAGGGAGUGGCCCUUUUCCCCACACUGUCCUUUGUACACCUUGGUGGCACAAGACCGUGAUGUGGGUCCCCAGUAUGCCUGGUGGGGGUCUGUCCAGAGCAGGGGGGUCUGCUCCUGCAGCUGUCUCUUCCUGCCCCAUAGCUGGCUCUGCCUAGGUAAGGAUGCGGAGGGGGACCCACAGACCUCCCCAGGAAGCUUGUCCCCCUGCCUUCCCAGGGGCCAAGCCUGUCCCCCAGCACAGGGCCGGGACGGAAGCUGGGAGGCAGGGUUUUGAGGAGUUGGGGCUUCUGUGCGACACCACACCAAAUAUCUGCCCUGUGACCCUGCCUCCCCCACUGGGCCUGUCUCCAGCUUCUGUGAGGUGAGAGGCCUGUGUGCCCCUGGCCCCCCAUGCCAUGCUUCCCAUCCUGGGGAACGGGCAGGCACCUGAGGGCUCCAGAACCCCUCCUUGAGGGCCUGGGAGGAGCGAGCUCGGCCUGGAACUUC